AAACCUAAAUAUGGCAGUUUCAGAUGCAUUAUUAACUUUGACAGUGUUGCGAUUUAAUUGUCUGUGAGAUUUUUAGAGAUACUGCUGAACUGCUCUGAACGCUGUAGUAAACAGUGUCAGUGUGUGUAUUUACACGAUGUCGGGUAUGGGGGGUAGUAAAUCAACUGAUCCGGACAAUUUCCAGCUUGCCAAUUGCUCUUCACAGUUCAUCUCAGCUGAGCAAGCUUCAAAUGUUACAUCUAAACCAUGCCCUCCAUAUUCAGCAUCUGUUCCCGUAGCUGGAUCAGGUGUUUGUUUCAUGCCUGCAGCAAAACCAUAUGAUCAUCAGAAUGAAAGUCCAUCAACUUUUAUUCAUUCAGAUGAACAACCUAUUGUUCAAGAAACUUCAAGUUAUGAAGGAACAGAAAAUUUUGUUUUUUCAGAUAAAACAGUACGUCAUGGAUUCGUCAGGAAGGUGUAUUCCAUACUAAUGUGCCAGCUUGUGGUCACAGCUAGUUUUAUUGCUACAUUUGUGUAUGUGGAAGAAAUCAAGGGAUUUGUCCAACAAAAUCCUGUAUUUUUCCCGGUGACAUUCAUCAUAAUGUUUGUAAUGCUGAUACUUAUGAGCUGCUGUACUGAACUAAGGCGUAGAACACCAGUGAACUACAUUUUAUUGGCUCUAUUCACUGUAGCAGAGAGCUUACUGUUGGGAUGUGUAGCAAUGAAAUAUGACCCUGUUGCAGUUUUAAUGGCAGCCGGUGUCUGUGCUGCUGUUUGUCUUGGACUUACAAUGUUUGCUAUGCAGACAAAAUGGGACUUCACAGUACUGGGGGGGUCACUUUUUGCUGUACUGUUAGUUCUCAUAGUGUUUGGUAUCAUUGCAAUAAUUUUUCCAUCAAGAGUAAUGUUACUGUUAUAUUCAGCAUUUGGUGCAAUACUUUUUUCUGUGUAUCUUAUAUAUGACACACAACUUAUGCUAGGUGGGAAGCACAAGUAUAGUAUUUCACCUGAGGAAUAUAUUUUUGCAGCACUUAACUUGUAUGUUGAUGUAAUAAACAUCUUUCUUUAUGUUCUUGCAAUAAUAGGUCUUGGCAGAAAAUAAUAAAUCUAAAGUCUCAGAAUUAUUUGUGCAAAUAAUGCCCAGUUAUUGGUGCUGUAGGUUCUGUUUCAAUCAGCCGAUAACUGUGUGCGCUGGCUUAUAGUUUUAUUAAUGCCUGUGCUGACAUUAGAGUUGCAGACCUCACAAGGAAGCAUGAAUGACCUUAUAUUUUAAAGAGAAAAAGCACACUUGCAAGAUAUCAGCCCAUCAAUCGAUCACACAUGAUAAUUUGGACCGUAAUUCUGAUAUGACCUUCUGAAAAUACAGCUUUUAAACUUUCACGUGCACCAGUUGUCCAUCACUUCCUCCGCCCCACUGCAGCUGCACUGCCCACUGCCAUGACCAAGUGUGAAGUACUGUACAUUGGAAUGACAACCAGAGCCCUCUUUCAGGUCAUAGGUGAGUGCUGUCAGAAUUAUUUAAUGUGGAAUCGAUUUCUGGGGCUGAUAUCUUGCAAAUGCACUGUUUUCUCCUUAAAAUGUGAAGUCAACUUCGUGCUGUUUCCUUGUCAGAGAUAAUAUGUAUGUGGUUUUGUGUGUGGAAAAGAAAUUUUUGUAUGAAGUGAUAAAUGUAGCUGCCAACAGGCGAGUUAACUGCAACAACCUUUAUAAGUAACUUGUAUCUUGCAAAAAAGCAUUCAGAAAUAUGAAGAGGCAGUUAAAAGGAGACAGCAGAGAAUAAAUGAUGUGAAACAAUUUUUUGUUUAUGUGUUGCAUAUUUUUUCAUUUAGUAUUGUUCAUCUGGUGGGAAUUUGAUUUUUAGCAUGUAUUCUUGACAUUAUUAGUCAAGCAACUCUUCACUAGAUCCUGUUAAAAGAAUUUAUUUUCCUAACUGGGGAAUGUGGGAUAAACUGUAAUGUUGCUGUUUCUAAAAAAUCAUAACAUUGAGUGGAAUCUGCUAAAUGCAAAAUGAGCAGUGUAGAUCUGUAUAUGUUCUCACUGUGUCUGUGUUUGAUGGCAACAGUGGUUAGGGUAGUGGUGGGGAGAGUGAUGGCAGUGAUGACAUAUUUCUGAAUGCUGUUACUUUGAGAGAAAAGUGUCGACAUAUAUUGAUAUAUGAAAAUUUUUGAUGUAGAGGGUAAUUAGAACAACACUGUUCACUUAACCUCAUACAUGAAUCAUUUGUGUAAUUUUAUUAAUUAUUGACUAGAAUAUUGAAAUUAAUGAUCAGAAGAGGCAAAGGAAAUAGCUUCUCGACAUAGAACAUGAAUACUGUUUCUGCAUUGGAUUGAAAGACGAAGUGGGAGAAGUAAAUCACUGCAGUUUCUCUUUUCAUAGUCUCCUCCAGUAGCUCUCUGAAUCUCAUUUUUGCACCACAACAAUAGUCAUUGCAUUUUGUAUGAUCUAAGGAAGAUUUUUUUUUUAAUUAUUAAAAGCUCAGCUCUAUCUCUUUGUUUGGUGGUUGUGUUUCAAGUAAACGUUAGCCCUUUCUUUAAAAGUAUUGUUGAUUAUGGAAGUAUAACGUAAAAGCACUUUUUGCUCAUUGAACCAUGAGUAACUCUUCUUCACAAUGGAUUGAUCUCAGAAGGUAUUAAAUGUUUUUGAUUGUACAUUAGAGAAUUAUUACAUUUAACUUCAAAUGCUAUUGAAACCUUGUAACUUUAUGUGAUUCAAUGCUAAUAGUUAUUUAAUUUGGUUUCACUGUGAAUUUUGUGAUCAGGACGUACAAUAGUUUAAUUUAUUGAUUUGAUAAAGGACAUUUAAGAUAUUUAGGGAAAUUUUGACUGAAGAUUCAUUUCUUGCCAUAAACUGUUAUUACAGUGGUGAGUUAGGUUCCCAAAGCAUCACAGCAAUUUGUUUUAUCUGUUAUCUUAAAUGAGAGCUGCCUUGAUACCUACUGAAAGUUGGUAGAUUGUGCUAGAUUUGUUUUUGUUAUAGGACUGAAGAUAGUUAUUUUUAGAUACUUUUAAUAAUGCAGUUGUGUGAUUUAUUAGAAGGCUGGAGAAAAAUGAUACUACAGAGUGCCUUAUAAUCCAAGUGGUAAUCAUUGUUGCAAAAUACAGCAUUACUCUGAUGUUUUUAUUUAUAUUCUCUCUAUUUCUGAGUGUUUUUAUUUGAAAUUGCGAUCAUUUCUUAGUUGUUACUGUAAUUUCUUUAUUGUUUUAUUAUUUUGUAUCAGUUUACAACUGUAAUGUGACUUUUACUUCGUCAUGUGAUAACUUUGUUAAUACACCGAACAUAGAAGUGUCA